CUCCCACUAAACAUCCAAACUUGCUGGAGAUGCCUAGGGACUGUCAAAAAUUCCCCUUUUCCUGCCCUCUCUGGGACACAGUCCAGAUGUAGGUGACAGGAUACACAGGUUUUCCUUUGGGAAACAACAUGGUGGUGCAAGCUGCCUUCCUUCUUCUGCUCUGUCACAAUCUCUCUGCCCUUCUCAACCUCUUAUGCCCAAGAGCUACUCAUCCUGCCCCCAGCCUCAAGUGAGACCACAAACAGAGGGAAAGUCUUGCAGGGUUUGUGCCAGUUUCUUUCCUUUAUGUGCUCUGAUGUCCACCAUAAUGUUAGACCUGAGAGCAGCAGGAGCUGACCUUGGGGAGGAGAAGUCAUUUGGUCUGGAGGAGUUCAGCAGAAGAAAACAGCAAUCAGAAAAGAGGCCGCUGCUGAACCUGUGUGGCUCUGUCGGUGAUGGCAUGACUACAGUCAUUAUCAUCCUGGCUGCGGUGAUCGCCCUGAUCAUUGGUUUUGGUGUCUCAGGAAAACGCUCCAUCAGUGUGACAGCACUGACGUCUCUGGGCAACAUCGGCCAGCGCAGCGUCCUGGGCUGCACUUUUGAGCCUGACAUCCGGAUGGGCAGCAUAGCCAUCCGGUGGGCCAAGGCAGGAGUAGCCGGGCUGGUUCACGAGUUUAAAGGGGGGAAGGACCAUCUGCAAGAGCAAGACGUGUUGUUUCGGGGCCGCACGGCAGUGUUUGCAGAGCAGGUGAUUGGCGGCAAUGCUUCCCUGGAGCUGAGGGAUGUGCAGCUCUCUGACGCUGGCACCUACCAGUGCUCCGUCACCACGGCCAGAGGGAGCGGAGUGGCAGUGCUGCAGUACAGGACGGGAGCCUUCAGCACCCCCAGGGUCCGCGUGGAGAAAGGCAGCCGCAGGGACAUGUUGCAGUGCGAAGCGCCGCGCUGGUUCCCCCGGCCUGCCGUGCGCUGGACAGCCUACAGCGACGCCGGGGAGUGCCUCCCUCACGUUGCCAACACCAGCUACGAGCUGAACGCUGAAAACAUCACUCUGAAAGUGGUUUCCUUUCUCCACAACGUUACUGCUAAUGCCACCUACACCUGCGUGAUUGAAAACAGCAUUGCCAAGGCUACAGGCAACAUCAAAGUGACAGAUUUCAGCAUUACAAGGGGGACCAACUUGCAGCUGGUGAACCUGAAUGCAGAGUCUGUGUCCUCCUCCCUUCCAGCCUGUCACUGGAUGCUUCUGCUUCCCCUGUACCUGCUGUCAAUAUAAACACUCUAUAAAACAAUCAGAAACACUCUGGACCUGCAGGUAAGCUUGGAAAGGGAAACUCAGAAGCAUGUAUGCUCAGUGUAAGCAUAUGUAGACCCUCUUGCUGAGUGUGGUUACAGAUGACCUCUCAAUCCUACCAGAAUGGGAGGACAUCUUUCCCCUGUGCCCAUCUGUUAUGACCCAGACUGGGAGCCCAGAGAGUUGUAAAGGUUCUGUGAUCCCCUCGGUUUGAAUUAAGGUGAAAUGACAUCACAUGACCAGUUAAAAUGUUUUACUUGCAAUAGAAACAACUUAAACUAAGAAAAGAAUAGUAAGCAAUGUGGUCUCUUGAUGAUAAAUCAAGAAGAAAGAAAAGAAAGUAAAGAAAAAGAGGGAGGCAGUUAAAAAAAAGAAUAAUAAAAAAUUCGAGAUUACCAGAACUGAGACAACGCUGGAACCUGGGGUGGUAAUCUUAGGUGGUAGGUGAGCACACGGUAAAGUUUUCUGUGGCCUUUUAAGUUCAUCUUAUUGUCUGAUUUGCAGACUAGAAGCAGGUUUUCCAUGAACUCAUUAUCAUUAAGGAUGAAGAAAGGUGGAGCAUGGGUUCUGUGCAUGAGCUAAGGUGGGGUGUGUGUAUGCAUUAACCCUUUCAUCCAAUUGAGUCAGUGGUCACGAUCUCCCCCUGCCACCCUUACUUUUCCCCCAGUUACCACCAGUUUUUGCUACCUUCAUGCUUCUCAGGCAACCAUUCAGCCUUUUGGGUCCUUCUGGGGCAGAUGUUUUGUUCUUAUCAGGCUUUUAGCUCCUCUUCAAGGGCAGGUUGCUAGCAAGGCCUGCCUGCAUUGUUCAUACAAAGUGUCAGGCUUACAUAACAGAGCCAAUGUGCUUGAUGAGGAACACUUGUACGGGCUACAAGGCUUCAACUCCUACCACUGGUAAUACAUGGGAGUGGGGACAUGCAUCCUUCAAUACACUCCACACUUCCUUGGGUGACAUUCCUUAGACUAAUCCAAAGGCCACAGCUUGUCCUUGAGGUUUUCUGUGUCGAUGAAUGUUUGAGGCAUUUCUUCCUUCAGUUCUUUACACCAUCCUUUCCCCAUCCCCAGCUUUAGGUCCCUCCCACAGGCUCUCUGAUGGCUUCUCCUAUCACUUUCUGCAAGAGAUUCUUCUCUCACAGGACCAAUUGUUGUCUCUUACUUGUCCCCUCAUUCUCUUUUCCUUCCCUUCUCAAGCUUCUCUCUGGCCCAAAAGACUGAUGUCUGGCUUACUGCUCUGUGUACCCUCUGAAGCCUGGCUACACUUCAUGGCUGCAAGGACUUUCUCCUCUCCUUCUUCCCGAGGUCUGCUGCAGUACAAGCCUUGCUUGCACCCGCUUUACCCAAACUCCGCUGCACGGGGCAUUAACUUCAAUAAAUAGUACCUACUACAGACACCUCCAACAGGGCUAGAGGAAGCUGAGCAACCCUACCUAGACCUGGAAUAAGGCAGACUGUAGACAAAGACAGGUCAACCGCCUUUAGUAUUCAUUUGCUUCAGCAUGGGGUGGCAGGCUCUAGAGGUAAACUGGUGAUGAACUACAGAAAAUCAGCUAAAAGGAACAUCUCUGUCUUUCCACACAGAACAGUUACUACAGCUACCCUGACAGCAGGGCAUGCUUCAUGCUUUCCUCCCUCUCGGGUUGAGAACUUCAAGAGCUCCUCCCACUUCCAGAGCAUGUAGUAGUAGCACAAACAUGAAGCCAGCUGAUUUGUCUUGUAUUACUAUUUCUUAUCCUUGCCAACAACAGGAUACUUUGCUUGGCUUCAGAAAGAGCACAAGGAAUGUGAUAAGGAGAGUUGCAUAAAUAAAGGAAAAAGUAUGAUGAUCACAGGAAGAAGAUGUGUUCUCUCUUUGAAGUAACCCAGUGACGAGAACUCUGAUCAUAGGCGGCUCAGAGACAAACUGGAAGAGGGUUUCCUGCAAUACUUGUGAGAACUGAUCCUUCAAACUCAGAGUUCUAAAAGUAAACAUACCUUAAUUCCCCCUGAAGAGACUGAUUUGUCUAUCUCGUUGUCUUAUGAUUCUCUGAAUGCACUAAUAAAACUGUAAAUAAGACAGCCAGUUAAAAUAUUCAGUCUUCUCAGAAGACUAUAGUCAAACUCCCCUUCUGAAAAAGACAUUGUGAAUAGCAAAACAUUGAUGGAUUAAAUAGCCAACAGGCUUGGAAUAAGUGUUAGGUCUUCAAACAGCCUGUAUGAGGUCCGAGGAUUGCAUUUGUAAUGUGAAAUUAAAGAGUAAAAUUAAAAAAAGUAAAUAAAAUGCUGAGUAAUAAGUGUGGCAGCAGACAGAAGAAUAACAUGCAUAAUGAGGAGGAAAAGAGGAAGACUAGUAAGAUACUACUGGAAAGUUCAAAUUCAAAAGUAAAAACGUCAUUAAACAUAGUUACAAGAGAGACAAAUUUGCCUUUUUUGUUUUUAAGUAAGUCUCUGUUAUCUGGCACUUCCUAUCUAUUUCUGUCUGUUACUAUGUUAUUGAUAUUACAGGACUACUUUCAGUUGCACUUUUAAAUCAGAUUUUGAUCUUUUACAUCAGUUACAGUCAACGUUUUCCUCAGGCUGAAAGGGGUUUUUUUUGUUUGCUUUUUUUGGUUUUGUUUUGUUUUCUUGGGGGAGGGCAGAGGACAAGCUUCAGCAAAAUUGUUACCAUUUCACAGAAAGCUCCCACAGAAAAAAAGACUCUCACAGCAAAUCUUGUGUAGACCUUUGCCUUAAGCUGCUUUGACAGCUUUCUUAAGGAUGGAGUGUCAGAACUUUCUUGAAUGGUGGCAUCUGUCAGGUCUUGUGCCUCUCAUGCUUUGGUCUCAGAAGCAGCCAUCAGGCCUUGAGGGGAGAUACUUGACACAUGCUCAAUAAAGCCACUACCUGAAGUUUAAAAUAAGGCUCAAGCUGAGAGUGAAAGGGGAAAGGCAGAGGGACAAAAAAACCCCAGAACAGUAGCUGUUCAAAUAUGCUCUCUGCACAUGGAAGAAGGAGGGGAAGUAAUUGUGUAUGGAAUUUACUAGUCUACAAGAUGAAGGAUCUGGAUCUUAUUUUGCCAAAAUCAAGUGCAGAACACUCAGUCAUCACAGCAAGUGGAUGGGAGAGGAACCACUUCAAAUGGUGACCUCCCACGUGUUGCACUGGUUAGUCUGCUGUGCCACUGUGGCUACUGGCAUGUGGCCUUGCAGCCAUCCCCUUCCUGAUCAGGAACAGACAGGCAAGCCUGUAACAUGUGAAUUUCACAGAAUCAUCUCAGUUGGAAAAGACCUUGAAGAUCCUCCAGUCCAACCAUGAACCUCACACUGACUGUUCCCAACUCC